AUGCAGCGUCCAAAGACCGAAUGCGAGAAACAGCAGGAGCAGUCGGAUGAGCUGUUUGCGCGUCAGCUUCAAGAGCAGCUAAACCAUUCAGGCGGUGCUGUUCAUGCUCCGUCUCCGCAGAGCGGACCAUCGAAGUCAGUGCAGGAGGCUGCUGAUGCUGCUUUUGCUCGCCAGCUUCAAGAAGAGAUCGACCGUCAAGAGGCCGCCACCGGUACAGGUGCCUCUGGAGCAAGUGAGGAAUACAAGAUUCCCAUGGAGUGCCCUGCCUGCACCUUUGUCAACUACAUGAAGCCGUCUAGCUCGUCAAAGGAGUGGAAAUGUGCUCAGUGCAGCAGGACACUGAUGGAAAAUGUAUUGCACUCGGGCCACGUCUCUCACAAUGACCUCGUGGAGUGCAAAGUGUGCCAUUCCCUCAACAAGCUCCCCUCGAAGAAGUCCGAUGCAGUUUUGUGUGGUGGAUGCUAUCAGGAGCUCGUCCUGACCCUGAACACCGCUUCAUCCGUGGAAAGCGAAGAAAACCAGCGUACAGUGCAGCUUCGCUGUGGUCAAUGCAGCGUGAUCAAUGCUGUGACAGUCGGUGUGAGUGUGAAGAGAUUAGAGUUCAUAUGUGGUGGCUGUGGAGUAUUGAACACGAUGACACUUGAGUAA